AUGCAGUUCUUUACUCUCGCCAUUACUCUGCUUUCUAUGCAAUUUGCUGCGGCUGAGCCCAUCCCAGCUGACGCGGGCUUAGCCGCUGAACCACUUGUUGUUCGCAACAUCCUCAUGCACCCACGGGCGGCGUUGGUGUCAUGUUGUUCCAAUGGAUUCAGUGGGAACUGCGAUUGCGGCAGCUGCCCCAUCGAGCAAUGUGCUGUAAGUAUACUAAAACAACUCUGA